AUGAAAUAUACAAGAAUUCCAGAGGAGACCUUCAAACAGUUACAGUUAAACGCUGGUAUUUUAUGUACAAAUUUUACACCUGAAUCAGGCGAGGUUGAAGGCUUAUUCGGUGCAACAACUGGUGGUAUUAGUUUUGGUGAUACAAUCAAUACAAGCGACUACGGCGAAGAUAUCGACAAUUGUCCUAAGAAUAUGCUCGAGCUUAAGAAAUUAGAUAACCACGAAGUAAAAUUAAGUGGUACAUUCGUUUCAGUGAGCCCAGCAUUAGCUAAGACAUUGACAGCCGCAUCAGAUAUUGAUCCUGAUAAUCCAGAACAUAUCAUCCCUCGUAACGACCUGUUAAAGAAAGAUUUCAUCGACGUUUGGUUCGUUGGUGACUAUUCAGAUGUGAACACAGGUGAAAACGCAGGAUAUCUUGCAAUUCACGUUAUGAACGCGAUGAAUACAUCAGGAUUCCAGAUUAAGACAAAUGAUAAAGCGAAAGGAACUUUUUCAUUUGAAUUCACAGGCCAUUAUUCAAUGGAUGCACAGGACACUGUUCCUUACGAAAUCUACAUCAGAGAAGAUUAUAAGGGCGAUGAAGCUAUAGAGUUAUGGGCCGAUUUAAUCGAGCCCAUAACAAAAAUUGUUGCAGAUAAAGAUAUCGCAACAAUCUAUAAUUCUGUAGAAAUCGAAAGCGCCGACGAACUCAAAGGUUUUUUCGGAUCUGCGGGGCAGGCGAAGACGGCGAACGAAUCUUCUGGAUCUGUUAUGGUGAAUACAGAGGUCGAAGAGAAUUAA